AUGACGAUUGGCCGCAUACGACUACUUGGGUUAAGGGUGGCCCUCCCGAAAACAGAGGCAAUAGUUUUCGGAGGAAAAAGAUGGUGUCUGCCCGCCAACUUGACGAUCCAAGUGGAUAGAGAACCUGUCCAGGUCAAGGCCAACAUCAAAUAUCUUGGCCUGGUCCUGGACAGAAAGUGGGACUUCGGGGAACAUUUCAUCCGACUUGCUCCCCGAAUUGUGGGCGCGGCUUCCGCCCUAGGUAGGCUGCUGCCCAACGUGGGAGGACCGAGAGCCCCAUGCCGCCGCCUCUUUGCGGGGGUUGUUAGAAGUAUGGCCCUAUACGGGGCCCCGAUCUGGGCGGACCGGCUGUCGAGUAGGAACAAAUCUCUGCUCCGGCGGCCGCAAAGGGUGGUGGCUCUAAGAAUAAUUAGGGCCUACUCGACAGUAUCCCAUGCGGCGGCGUGUCUCCUUGCUUGCACUCCUCCGUGGGAGCUCGAUGCCCAGGUCCUAGCGGAGAGAUACGUGUUGAGGGCGGAGGCCAGGGCUCGAGGAGAGCACUUGGACCCAGAAGCAGCAGAGCGGGCAGACCGAGAGGCUAAGAUCAGGCUCCGAGAGUUAUGGGAGGACGGCCUGGAGGACGCCCCUUAUGGAACACGCACCAUAGGGGCAGUACUCCCUCAUAUAGAGGAAUGGUUGAAGAGGAAACAUGGGGCCCUAUCAUAUAGGGCAACGCAGGUGAUGACCGGACACGGCUGCUUCGGUCAUAACCUGCACAACAUAGAGAGGGAAUUAGGGCCCCAGUGUCACGAAUGCGGUGACCCUGAUGACUCGGCCCAACACACCUUAGAGGUCUGCAGUCGUUGGGAGGAGGAGCGCCGUACUCUAACGGCAGCAAUAAGAACGACGGAUCUCUCGCUGCACAGCGUCGUUGCGGCCAUGCUGGGCAGCGAGAGAAAAUGGAAGGCGGUUGUCUCCUUCUGCGAGGAGGUCAUCUCGCAGAAGGAGGCAGCGGAGCGGGAGCGCGAAGACGCGGCCGACGCGCCCCCGCUUCGGCAGAGACGAAGAGGGAGAAGACGUGCGCAGUACGCUGCGGUAAACCGCGUCCUCCCUCGGAGGUGGAAUUUCGAGGAGCAUUUCCGCCAAAUUGCUCCCCGCAUAGUGACGGCGGCUUCGGAGCUGGGACGGCUGCUGCCCAACGUGGGAGGGCCCUCCCACGCAUGCCGACGUCUUUAUGCUGGAGUGGCCCGGUCGAUGGCCCUCUAUGGGGCCCCGAUCUGGGCCGACAAACUGACUCCAGCCAAUAAAGCCUUACUGCGGAGGCCCCAACGAAUUGUAGCCAUACGCGUUUGCAGGGCGUACGUGACGGUAGGAUGGGCGGCAGCGUGUGUGUUGGCGGGCACCCCACCCUGGGAACUGGUCGCUGGGGUGCUCGCCGAUGCGCAUAUGCGGAGAAUCAGGAGCAGGGAGGCAGGAAAUUUCCCUGCUCCUGAAGAAGUGCGAAAUGCGCGCAAAAUCGCGCUGAGAGGGCUGCGCGAAAAAUGGAAGGAGGACCUGGAGAACUCUCCCUACGGAACCCGUACCAUAGGGGCAGUUCUCCCGUCGUUGGACAGAUGGCUGGAUCGGACACAUGGCAGUGUGGGGUACAGACUGGCGCAGGUGCUGACCGGGCAUGGAUGCUUCGGGCACUACCUGCACAGGAUUGGUCGCGAGCCUACCCCAGCCUGCCAUGAAUGUGGUGAGACGGAUGACACGGCCCAGCACACCCUCGAGGUGUGCAAUCACUGGGUCGUGGAGCGUAGUGCGCUGGCGACAGCCAUUAGGACGGAUGAUCUCUCGCUGCACAGCGUCGUGGCGGCCAUGCUGAACGGCGAGAGAUCCUGGGAGGCAGUGGUCUCCUUCUGCGACACCGUUGUCUCGCAGAAGGAGACCAAGGAGAGAGAGCGGGAGGAAGACCCGAAUGCGCUCCCAAUCCGACGCAGAAGACUGGGAAGGAGACGCAGGCG